AUGCCAAUUGUUAGUAAGGACCCUCUUGUAGUUGGGCGCGUGAUCGGGGAUGUUUUAGACCCCUUUGAAAGUUGUAUUCCAAUUAGAGUUACUUACAAUAAUAGAGAUGUUUGCAAUGGCUGUGAGUUCAAGCCUUCUCAAGUUGUCCACCAACCCAGAGUAGCCAUUGGUGGAGAUGACCUCAGGAUCCUCUACACUCUGGUUGCUGUGAACCCAGAUGCCCCUAGCCCUAGUGACCCUAGUUUGAGGGAAUAUCUACAUUGGCUGAUAACCGAUAUUCCCGCCACAACUGGACCUAGUUUUGGUAGCGAGGUGGUAGCAUAUGAAAGUCCACGACCAACUUUAGGAAUUCAUCGAAUCGUGUUUGUGUUAUUUCGUCAAAUGGGUAGAGAGAAGAUUUAUGCCCCAGGUUGGCGCCAAAACUUUAACACAAGAGAAUUUGCCGAACUAUAUAAUCUUAGCUCGCCUGUUGCUGCUCUCUAUUAUAACAUCCAGAGGGAGAAUGGCUCUGGUGGCAGGAGGUUAUAUUGA